ACCAUCUCUUCCUUAUUUGGCUGGUUCUUGUUACCGUGGAUUGAGGUUUCUGCUAUUAACUAACUUUCACGGAUUGACCUCGCGAAACAAACAAUAGAACGAAAAUGGGUUGCGGAGGUAGCAAAGAGAAGAAUGCUAGUAAGCCCACAGAGAUGGCGCGUCCGGUACAGUUAGACACACCGGGACAGCACGACAUAAAUAUCCCUGUAGCUGGUGAGGGUGCGACAGCCAAAGCGCGACGGUCUCCAGACAAUCCGAUAGUAUACUUUGACAUCGCCAUUGGAGGACAGCCGGUAGGACGCGUACAAAUGGAGCUAUUCCUCGAUGUGGUACCUGCAACGACAGAGAACUUUAGGCAGUUUUGCACUGGCGAGUGCAAGGUUGGAGGAUACGUGGGCAGCACUUUUCACCGCGUUAUCCCCAAUUUCAUGAUUCAAGGCGGCGAUUUUAUGGGAGGUGACGGCACUGGUAGCGCCAGUAUCUUCGGCAGCGAAUCAUUCGACGAUGAGAACUUCCAACUCAAGCACACCCACCCUGGGCUGCUGAGUAUGGCGAACUCCGGACCUAACAGCAACGGGUCGCAAUUCUUCAUUUUGACCGCUGCUACACCACACCUGGACGGGAAACACGUCGUCUUUGGCGAGGUCCUAGACGGCAUGGACGUAAUCCGGAAGAUUGAAUCGACUAGAACCGGUCCUGGGGAUAAGCCGCUCAGCCCUGUAACAAUUGCAGGUGCUGGUCAACUUGCAGGCGCAAAGCCAUUGGAAAGCUAAGUGAUAGCUAUCGAAGAGGGGCGGGAAGUGUGAGGAAAUACUAGGUUUCGGUACUUUUGAUCUAGCGCUAUUUCUGUCAAAAUCGAUUGGUGAGCUGCGUAAUUUGUCUACUUUAGUGGGAAAAUACUUUCGGUUACUUCAGAUGGCAUCUUUACCCGUAAUGGGUUGGGAAGUAUUUUAGGCGUUCUGCUGGAGUUGUGUCCGAGUUGGCUGCUCGCAUUGUACAAGUUCAAUCAAGGAAACUCCGGCCGAUGCAUCGAUGUUUGAUCUAGUGUGCGGGCUGAAUCAAAUUUGCAAGUACCUCC